AUGGCUCAAGGCGGUGAUCCCACAGGGACUGGACGAGGAGGCGAGUCCAUCUAUGGAGCCAAGUUUGAGGACGAGAUAACACGUGAGUUGAAGCACACGGGUGCCGGUGUGCUGUCCAUGGCCAAUGCCGGGCCCAACACCAACGGCAGCCAGUUCUUCCUCACUCUCGCCCCCACUCCCUGGCUCGAUGGCAAGCACACAAUAUUCGGUCGUGUGUCGCAUGGAAUGGACGUGCUGAAACGGCUGGGCAACGUGCAGGCCGACAGGACUGACAGGGAUGGCGUGUGUGACGCGUACAUUGCAUCUGGACGUCAGGUGUAUCACUGUCAAAUGCCAGUAGGCCAGGAGAAUUUGUUGCAACAGGGCAAGGCGCAGGUGCUUCUGCCGCACCGUGUCGAGGACGUCACACCAGUGUCUGUCCCCUCUCUCCUGCACGCACUGCCCGUGCAGAGCCUCGCAUCUGCGGCCCUGGGAGGCACCGGAGGGCGAGCAGCCGCCACUCUCCUUUCCUCUGUGGACUCACUUGGUCGAGCCAUCGUCUCCACCUUCUCCUCUUCAUCUGUGACUCCUGACUCCCUCUGCCACCUCGCCCCCUCCCCCUGCGGCAUCACUGAGCCAGGCCCAUGCUGCACUGCCAUCUCCGUCACAGGACCCUCCACCAUCCGGGUGGCUACGUCCUGUUUCUUCCCCCGAUUAGUAGACCUGCACGACCCUGCUUCCCCCUCCCCCGCUUCCCCCCUGCGCACAUUCCGCCUGCCCUUCCCCCCCGCUGCUGUGGGCUUCCUGGGGGGAACUGAGCGGGGCAGAAGGGGAGGGAAGCGGAGGGGAGGGGAGAUGGAAGGGGAGGGGGAGGGGAAUGCGGUUGAAGGGGUGAGGCUGCUGGCAGUGUGCGAAGGGCCUCAGCUCAGCAUCUGGGACGAGAGGGCCGCUGAAAACGGUGGCUGCAUCCAGCGAAUCACCGUCUCUCCCGCUGCCGAGCCUCUCUACGCCCUAGCCUCGACAAUAGGCUCGGGAACAGGCUCGGUAACAGGCUUAGUGGCAGUAGGAGGGGCCGAGCGCACUGUAGCUGUGUACGACGUGCGCAAAUGGGCGGCGAGAGGCCGAUGGGUCGGCUGCGUUCGGCAGGACGUGAUGGGAAUAGCUUUCCCUGUGGCCUCGGUGAUAAUGAGGUGGUAUGUGGGAGGUGGACUGAAGGCGAGGGGAGGGCGGGAGGGGUGCGAAGAGCAGAGAAAGGGAGGGGUAAAGGGGGGAGUGGAAGGGGGGGCAAGGGGGGGGAAUGGGGAGGGAUUGAGGCCGGGGGGAGGGGAAGGGCGCAGCCAAGUAGAGAGAAAGUGA